AUGAUGGUUCCGAGAGCCUUUAUGUUCAGCUCGGCACCGCCCCAGAAGACAAUGGCGCUUUACGGGAUGAGCGAGCAGAACUUGGAGAGCCGGCUUGCCCUCUCUCCUUCCAACAAUGCUGCCAACCUGGAGUUGAAACAUGCCGCCCCGGUAGUUAUUCCACCAAAACGUGGCUCACGUACCCCGAUGCGUCGAGAAACACGCUCGCGCACUCCCUUCAAGAUCUCUGAAUCCUCUCGCCGUUCAUCUUCCUCCUCGUCCAAUGAUCGCCCCCAGCGUCCAUCAGUGGCCUCAAUACUGGACGCUACUGAAAUUCGCGUUCCACGACGAAGUUGGUCCACUAGGAGGCCUCGAAAGCUCCCCCGGGGAAACCAUGUUGAGGAAUUCAGCCGGAUGAUGCAGGAAGGGCUCAAGUCCAAAGAAGAUGAUCUGCUGGGCGGUGCUGGCAACUCGCCUUUGGAUAUUCUUCUCAGUCCACCUGAUGAAGAUGACAAAUAUCCUGCGGGGAACGAAUCCGAACUGGAUACUUCCUUCUCGGCCCGGUCGAUUUCGAGUGACUCGGUGCCAUCUCUUGAUCAUGAUUUAAAUUCCCCUCCCAGUCUCCAGCUACCGCCGACCCCCGGCAGCCAAAGAAGCUCUUCUGAGCGACGGCUCCGAUACUCCCCUUCCGAAGACUGCGCCUACGAUCAUCCUCUUUUAGAGACGGCGAUCGAGGAAGGCGAGCUUGUCGAUCUAGAAAGCUAUGAGGAACCGAUAAUGCGUGACGCCGCGUCUACGAAGCAGUCUGCAUCAACUCGGUCCUUUCCUCGGCUUCGAUCUUCCUUCAAAUCCAACCUCACUGCAUCCCUACGGGCCAUUAAAUCCGCUGCUCAGUCUGUCUCGACCUUUGCGACACCUUCGGUCCAGCCGGAAGAUUUCCUGACGCGGUCUUUGUUCACAAUUGCCCCGGAGUUGACGGAUGAUCGUCGCCCCCCGCCUAUGCAAACCCCACCAUCCCCAGCCUUGCGACGUUAUCUCAACCCUACUCCGAUGUCUCCGGCGGACAUGUGUGUGUACCAUGAUCACCCGCACGAAACUGCCGAGUCGGUGCGUGCCUGUCCUGUGUCCAUCCAGAUGCAGACCUAUCGCCGGUCCCGCGGCCGUGGCCACCGGCGCAAUCAUUUCCACGUUGUCGCCCCGAAGAAUCGCGACCAUUACUACACGUAUGAUCCGGAGCUUCCGCCAAUGUCACGCCAACGGGAACCUCGCGAGAACAGCGACUUUCUCCGUAUGGUCGUUCUGGAGAUGAACAUGCGACGCAGUGGCAAACUUCGCGAAGAUAUUCCCACACGGGCUCGCAUCAUGCUUGCUCCGCGCAAGAGUAAUCCUUAUCGCCUGUCGGGUGACUACGAAGACGGCGACGAUGAUGACACGGUGCCUUCCCGUUGGGUGGGCAUCUCGGCUUAA